GGAGCGGAGUCCGGUGCCAGUUAGCAGCGACCUCGGGCGGGACUGGUGAGCUCUCCGCGGGCUCUCUCGCCGUCGGAAGCAAGCGGCAUGUCGCUGCUGGAGCAGAGUCAGCAGUGGUAUCCCACCCACGUCAGGGUGGUGGUGAUCCGAGCCCGCGGGCUGCGCAGCAAGGGCAAGGAUGGCACCAACGACGCCUUUGUCAUCAUGCAGCUGGGCAAGGAGAAGUACUCCAGCUCGGUGGCCCAGAAGAGCCGGGAGCCGCUGUGGAGGGAGGAGGCCGAGUUCGAGCUGCCGCUGCUGCAGCACCAGGGCGCCAAGGAGAAGAGCACCCUGUACCUGAUCGUCACGCACCGGGCCCUGGUGGGGCUGGACAAGUUCCUGGGGCAGGCGGUGAUCGACCUGGCCGAGCUGUACCAACACAAGACCAGGAAUAAAGUCGGGUGGCAUAAGCUUCACUCAAAGCAUGGGAAGAAGGAGAAAGAGAGAGGGGAGAUUGAAGUGGACAUUAGGUUUGUGCGGAACAACAUGACGGCCAGCAUGUUUGACCUCUCGAUGAAGGACAAGUCCCGGUCAACUCUCGGGAAGCUGAAGGACAGGUUCAAGGGAAAGAAGAAAGAUGGGUUCUCCGAUUCCAUGUCGGCAGUCGUUCCCAGCACCGGCGCCUCUGCUGACAGCCACGACGAAGAUGUGGCUCCAAAGAAAUCCAAGCUGAAGAUGCUGUUCCCCAACUCAAACCUGCAGAGAAACACUCUGUCGCAGUCCAUGUCUGUUCUACCCACCGGCCCGACGUCUCCGGCUGAUGUCUCCAAGAAAGCCAGGGCUGUUGACGAGGACUUCACUGAAAUUCACCUGCAGAACUCUCCUGAAGAGGAAAGCUCAAGCAAGACUUUUCAUGUGCCGAAAAUUAUGACCCACAAGCGGACUUCGAGUGCAGACACCAAGCAGGUGAAUUUAACGCCAUCCGUCGCAGGGAAGAAAGAAGCUCCAUCGUUUUUUGGUGGCCUGAGACCAAAGAGUGACCCGAUGUCACAGUCCAAUCUCUGCAUUAAUGGCAGCCACGUUUACAACGAGGAGCCGAAUCCCAUCUCUCCCUCGAGGCCAAAGAGUGAUCCCAAGCUGAUGUCAAACAGUCAGUUCUACACCUCCGUGGAGGACCUGUCGUCCAAGUCGACCACAUCCUCAGCUGAGAUGAGCAGCGGACUCUCGUCUGAUGUCCAAGUGCUGAAAUCUACGACCCCGUCAGCCUCCCAGAGCUUUGGGAGCACUGGUGACCUGACAACCCAAAGAUCUGACCAGCCAAAGGAGAAGGAUGUUAGUCUGCCCCAGAGUCCCAAGAGGGAGCAGCUGGCGGGUAAAAACACUGAUACAGUGAAUGUCGUCGGGGGCGGUACCAAGUCACUCAACCCCUUCGAGGGCGACAUGGCUGAAGAGGAGAAGAAAGUUCGGCUUACACCAGAGGCCGAAGCAGUGCCCAAAAAGGAGGAGCCCAAGCGAGGUGGCAUAUUACCUCUGUUCUCCAGAAAGACCGAAGCUGUCAAGGCUUCCGGAGCAAAGGACUCGCAGAGCCCCUUUGACACGGCAGAGGCAAAGAAACCACCAACCUCCUUGUGGGCGAACAGGACAGCUGCUGUCAAACCCAAACUGGACGUGUCUCCAAAGGCCGAAACCAAAGCCAGCUCUCUGUCAUCUCCUUUGCUUACGGAGCCCUGCUCUCCUUCCUUUCCUGCUGUGAGUGAUCCCUUUAGCUUGGCUCCUGCUAUAGGUUUGAAUGGCUCUACCUUUUCCAGCCUCCAUUUGACUUACAGCCCAGCUGCUCAACCUCUGCACUCUUCGUUGAAUGCCAAGUUGGACUCAAUGGGAUCUUCAUCUUGUGCAGACGAGUUCCAUCUCUCGCCUUCGCCUCUGCCUUCUGCUUGCGGCUCCUCUCCCCCUACCACCUCUUUAGACACCCAAACCAGCCAGUUUCCCUCUGAGCCUGUCAUGGGACGAUCUGAGGAAGCUGCGGUACCAUGCAUGCAGAGCAGAAAGACGUCGGCUCAGUGCUUGUUCCAGGAGCUGAGUGGAAGGAGUGUUGGCGAAGAUUGGUCCAACCGUGCAGUUGAGCAAUGUGACCCAUCUCCAGGUUCUCCGAUUAAAAUUAUUCCAGAAGGCAGGUUAGAAAACACUGACGAAGUUGGGAGUGGAGGUAGUGAACAGGAGAUGGAGAUGCCUGGGAGUAUGGCUUCACAAGGAGAGGUGUUUGUGGAGCCUUUGCCCUUGAUCAACUUUGACCCUAUGCCAGUGUCAGAGGCCAGCCAACCUGUGGAACCACGCAAAGUCUCAACCUGCAGCAGUUUGUCCAGUUCAGAUGUACAGUUGGUCCAGAGGGAGAAGGUUCCGCCAACUCCUGCACCAAGAAAAUUAAUGGCAAUGAACCAAGCCAGUGAUGGCUUAUUGCAACCUUCAGAGGGACAACUGUUAGAGGACUUGAUCUCCUUUCAGUGGAAAGAUGAACAGGAUGAGGAGAUGGCGGUAGAGUCCGCUGAGAGUGGAGAGACUGACCCCACUUUGGCAGUGGGGAAUUCUGUUUACGACUUGUUGACUGGCCAAGGGGAAGGUGACUGUGGUGGAAUGCUGGUAGCUGAGCUUGAGCCUUCCACCAUUUUGAGGGGUGGUUCUUUAGAGGCGAUCACCGACCCUCUGGUCCCCACGGUGGAGGAGAUGGACGUGAACAUGGGCAGUCCUUCCAGUCUGGGGAUUUGCGGGCAGCUGGUCUUUCCUGGGAAGCUGGAAGUUUCUACAGAAGAUGCUUUUACAAAGGAACAGACAGAGGCUGGUAGUCGGUCGCCAUCUCCAGAGCCCCCAACUCCACCUGCUGCGACCCUGGCUUGGGAGUUAGAAGCACAGAGUCCUUUUGACCUGAAAUCAGAUCAAAACCAGAUCAUCACUGAUUCCAAUGACCUGGGCAGCUCGCGGUUCGUGAUGAUGGAGACUAAUGACAACAAAGCCCACUUGCAGGAGUUGGUUAAUGGAAGUCAAAGUGACAAUGAAGUGACCUUGAGUGAAUGUGAGGGGGAGCCUUUCGGUCAGAGCGCAGAUAGAAGUAAAAGAACAGCUCUUCCUGAUAAAAAUGACAGUGAAGAACUAUCCGUGAAAGCUAAUUUUGGGAAUCCAGAGCUAACAGCUGAUGUUAUCGAGCCAAGUAUUUUGGAUGUUGGCCGUGAUGCUUUGCACUCGAAUGAAGAGCCUUUCGCUGAUCCAGAAUUGCAGACUUCUGAGAGUUCGGCAGUGGCUUCCUCUAGUUCUUUCCAGCUGGUUGAGUCCGUUGAUUUUGUUUCUGGUGAGGUUGGGGCUUCUCCUGCACCUUUGGAUUCUGUUGAGCUCUUAGUUCCUCCUCUGUCUCUGUCUGCUUUGUCGCAGUUCGCUUGCCCUGCGCUCGAUGAUCCUCCCUUGAUAAAGCCACCAGUUGGGAGUUGUCACGAAGUGGAGUGCUCUGGCCAGAAGAAGGUGCUUCAGGCAAGGGUUCUGCCUACAGAGACACAACCAAUUCCCUCACAAAGCAGUGGGUCAACAGUGCCUUCCAAACACAGACCCCACCCGGUGAAACCCAUGAGUGCAGUGGAGGCGCGAUUCAACAAAAGGUCUCCGGAGGAGAAUUUGAAGAGCAACAUCAAGAACGUGAAUGUGUUGGUGACGAAGUCUGCUGGGCACUCACUGGCGGUAAAUGAAAAUCAAACCCUCAAGGAUUAUGAUCCUCCUGAUCCGACAGCUGCCUACUCCCAGCUCACCCACGACGAGCUGAUCCAGCUGGUGCUGAAGCAGAACGAGGUGAUUGCGAAGAAAGACGGCCACCUGCGGGACCUGGAGAGCUACAUUGACAACCUCUUGGUCCGAGUCAUGGAGGAAACCCCCAACAUCCUCAAGGUGGCUUAGUGACCCAGCGGGAGGGCGCGGAGAGCGUGCGACGGUGAGCUCUGUGCUCCAAGACUGUGUCUUGCACCAACUACUCACGGGAUUGUUCAAUGCUGAUCGAUUCAUGACCCACAGAUAAACCCAGUGACUGAGUGGAGCCUCUGCUGCGCCUUGCAUUCGCUUCAAAUCCCCUCCAUUGGGGUGUUGAUCAGGUGCCUUCUAGAGUUCCACAGCGGUCACCCAAGUCUAGUUGUACUCUGGGAUCCCAUCACCCUACCUGUAGUUACAGUGGCUUAACCUGUCUGGGGUCAAAGGGGCAAGGGAAGGGACUCAGGCUGCAGUGGGUAGUCCUGAUCCAUCUGUGACCAACCUGGCCACUUGCCUCACAGAACUAGAACAUCACAGUGGUAACGUGAUUGCAAUCUGAGCCCUGAACAUUCCUUUGGGUUUUUAUUUUGCCGUAUUGAGUGUAACAUUCAGCACACGCCACCUUCAACCUGAAAAUGCGUAUAGCAAUUUGUACGUCACCGGGGUUACAAGACAUCCCAUAUUGUUAUAGACUUACAGACCCGCUUCUGUCACUGGACAGCUUUUAUUUAAAACACCAAAAAAAAAAAGAAUUUUGACAUGUUGUUGACAGCCUGACUUUGUGAAGGUGAGCUGCCAGCCAGCUGUGUUGCUGGACUUUGUGGGAGAGUGUUGAAGUCCUAUCUCCCGUGUCAAGGCUACGUGCAAACCCUGAUCUGAAAGGUCGUCUGCGCUGCGGACUCGGGGGGGAAUGGCCAGCACUAUUUAGUACUGACUUUAGGUUGAGCUGUUCUCUGAUCUUGUCAAUCCAUUUGCUAGCAUUUCAUCACCAUCUGAGGAGACGUCAUCAGAUCGCUGUUAAUUGUGGCGUGUCCUCUGAAUGCUUAGCAUUUAUUUACUUGUCAAUCAGCUGAUUGGCCAUUGUUACAGAAACUCGAUUGUGACGUCGUGAUUGGGCCUUGUCGCUGAUUGGCUGCGUGGCGAGCUCUGUGCUUUGCCUGGAAUUUUGCCGGCAUCGGCUUAUAAAAGGGAUCAAGGUCCACAUGUUUGUUUAUAGAACUGUUUACGGAAAACCAUGCUUCUAGGAAUGGUGACGAAAUGUUUUCAAAUGGGUUGCCAAGAUUGAAGUGCAAUUCAACCAGACCGACAACAACCUGAGCUGCACUUUGAGUUAUUUCCGGGCUGACUUUGCUGACAAUCAGGAAGGGGGAACAGUUGCGCCCUAUUGUCAUGUUAUUCGUCUGAGGAGUCUUUGCUGUGGGGGUGAGGGGGAGCGAGGAAAAUACCUUUUUGGCCUGGUGAGGUGUGUAGGGAAGGUGGCAACUACUAAUGAGAUGGUGGUGAGGAAGUAAUAACCCACAAGGUGUUAGGUGGGAAUGGAUCUUGGCUGCUUCUUGUGACCUCCUGUCUCUUUACCUCGGUGUGGAGGUUUUUCCUAUCUUUCUUGAAUGUUCUUCCCAGCUGCGAACCUCUAAAAUUGGAGUUAAAACCCAAUUUCUAAGUUUCAGGGUCCCUAAUUCACCUAUUGGGGUCUUUAAAUUUACUAGCUAACGAGAUCUCUCUUUUUCUAAAAUUGAGUUGGAAAAGCAGCAAAACUGCAGGUGCUGAAAAUCUGAGAUAAAACCAUGAGUGAUGGACUAUUGUGUUAGGCAGUUUCUGUAGAGAGAAAGGGAAACUUUCUGGGUCAACUAUCUUCCAUUGGGGAGAUUUUCACUUGAUAGCACAAGGGGAACAUUCACCUUUGGAGAUAUUUUUGUGAUGGAAUGGGGUUUUGAGCCAGUGUUUUCAUGUUAUUAAUCAUCAUUAUAUGCCUUAUCAUAUGAUGUGGGCACUUGUGGUCUAGUCAUGACCAUGAUUAUUCUUGGCAAAUAUUUUAGCAGAACUGGUUUGCCAUUGCCGCCUUCUCGACAGUGUCUUUACAAGACGCUCAGGUGACCUUGGCCAUUAUCAAUACUCUACAGAGAUUGUCUGCCUGGUGUCAGUGCUCACAUAAUAAGGACUUGAUAUGCAGCGGCUGCUCGUACGACCAUCCACCACCAGCUCCCAUGGCUUCAAGUGACCCUGAUCAGGGGGCUAAGCAGGUGCUGCACCUCCAAGGAUGACCCACAGCUGGCGGAGAGAUGGAGCACCUCACACCUCCUUUGGUAGAGAUGUAUCUCCGCCCCGCCACCCAAAUGGCGUUGUAACCCACCCCAAAUUGUCCAUGGGGGGCGGGGGUGACUUGUCAUCUUCAACAGUUGCAGGUAAUCGAGAUGCUCCCACAGGUACUGUAGAGGGGGUUCUGGGGUCAAAAACAGUAGCGAUGUAGAAAUAAAUAUGAGAUUCUGCAGAUGCUGGAAAUCCAGAGUAACGCGCGCACAAAGUGUUGGAGGAACUCAGGCCAGGUAGCACCUAUGGAAAUGAAUAAAUGGCUGAGGCCCUUCAUUAGGACUGAAAAGGAAGGGGGAAGAAAUCAGAACAAGGUGGGGAGAGGGGGAGGAGGAUAGUUGGAAGGUGAUUGGUGAAGCCAGGUGGGUGGGGGAGGGUAGGAUAAAGUAAGAAGCUGGGAGAUGAUGGUAGAUGGUAGGUGAUGGUAGCUGGGAGAUAAAGUAAGAAGCUGGGAGACGAGGAUAAGGCAAAUGGCUGGAGAAGGAAAUUGAUAGGAGAGGAGAAAUAUGAAGAAAUGGUGAGGCGCUUGAAGCGGCAAAUCUAGCAGUGCACACUGGCUGCUAUCUUCAGUUACUGACUUUCACCACUUAAAUGUGAAGUAAGGCUUUCAAAACAUUGCCAAUGGAAAAGUUAACGGAUAAUCACUCACGACAGGAAAAGCUCAGCAUCAUUAAUUUCAUUCCCCUUUUGGGUUUGAAUUGGGAAGGUAAAUGUCUUGCAGAUGCUGUAAAUCUGAAAUAAAAAGCUGAAAUGCUGGAGAUACUCAGCAGGUCAUGCAGCAUCUGUAGAGCAAAUAUCAGAGGAUUUCUCUCUCCACAGAUGCUGUCUACCUCUAUAUACAUGUUCAACACUUUCUUUUAAAUACAAUUUCAAAUUGUAUGCUUGUGGAACUGAAGAAUCCCAGGUGUUAGUCUGAAGUACAGCUGAAUGUAGAUUACCUACUAUUUUGAAAGAUUAAAUAGACCAUUUCUAAGUUGAGGGGCAUUUUUAAUGUUGCAGUGUUGCAAGUAAAUAGUUACAUGCGAUAACAUGUAGCAGAGAUUGGGGAAGGAGAGGGGCUGUUUCUCCAACCCCAAUGCAUUGGUUCACCCCUUUCCCCACUCAUCCAAAGCAAUUUCCUUUCAGUCCACCAUCUGCGAGGCCUGGACUUCUUGUCGAAGACUGAACAAAGUUAAUUAAUUGCUUCAAUUCCUGAAAUUUGAAGAUUUGUGCCUGAUGGGAGGGGGACACAUUCCAGUUUGAAGAAAUGAGUAAUUAUUUCUGAGACACAUCUUUUUAAAAAAAAAGUGUACAUUUUAAAUCUGUUGUAUUUUGUACUGACUAUUUCCUUUUAUUUGCCUCCCAAACAAGUUGAUCAACAGGUAGAUAUUAAACAUGGUACUGAUCUUUAUCUUUUGCAUUGGCCAGCCUGGUUACAUUUGGCCACCUGCCCAAGUGAUCAUUGAUCUUCACCUGUCUGCCCCGAUGGACAUUUGGUGGGGAGGUCACAGCAAGCAGACACUUGAACUGGUACCCCAAACCUGGCAAACCCCUGCUGGGGGCAAUAAAUGGGGGAAAGUAAGAAUUCUGUGUUCUCAAACUUGAUAACCACAGGAGAGCAUCCCACAUUGGGUGGAAUUUGGAACAAUAAUUUGAGGUCAAGGGUAUGAUGUGUACAUUUGACAUUAAUAAUAUGCAUAUUUUAAAAUUUGCCCAAGUAGGGUGAUAAACUUUUAACUAGGUCAGAUUUUUACCUCUAUCUAUUUUGGUGAUUUACUGCAUAUGAGAUUGACUUGUACAGUAACAGAUUAUUUGAUAGUUACCAUUGGUGAGAUUUAAAUGUGAGCAGGUACGACUGGGGUGCUCAUAAAUGAUUUUCUUAAUGUUUUAAGCUUCAGCGAAGUGUGUGGAUUAGUGAAGUUCCUACGCUGGGAGAGCACGCUGAAUGAAUCCAUACAUGUGAGUUUUCAUUUGACAUAAAAGUGUGUUAUUUCCAAUCUGUUGCAUCGCAGUUGAAGUAAAUAGAUCUUUGGUAUUUGGGUGCAAAUAUUAAACUAUUGGCUGAGCAAGCAAGCCAAGGCCAGGCUUGGGAGCUAUUUUAUGACUUUAGGGAUGGGAAGGAGCCUGUUUGGCUCAAGACCACCUUGGUAAGGUUGUGGUUGAUCUGUGACCUGACUGCAUCCCAUCUGAUGUCAAAUUUUGGAUUUAAAACUUCAUUUUUGGAUCAAGGAAAUAAUUAUUUUCCUUGAACUUCAGAUUUUUUUUUUCUUGUCAUUUUAUCUUGGAUUUAUACUUUCUACUCUACUGAGAAAAGGAAUCAUUCUGCAAGCAAAACGUUUUGAAAAUCAAGUUUUGUGGUACUUGGGGUGGAGGGAAUGAAUUUGAAUUUCCUUGGAAAUCCUCAGUGCUGUUCAGUUUAAAUUGAGGUCAAGGGUAUGAUGUGUACAUUUUGAGAUUGAGAAUAAAGCAUUUUUUUUAAUAGUAUCCGGAAGUGGAGUGAUAAACCUUUAACAAGAUCUGACUUUUAACUAGUUUGGUACUUUACUGCACUUGGAGCCAACUUGUACAGUGACAGAUUAUUUAUUGCUGGGAUUGAAUAUAAAUAACGUUUACCGUCAGCUGCUUGGAAGAUAUUCUGACUUCUGUCUUAAAGCCUGUUGUCAAUCCACCCCCUGUCAGCUCCUCUCGGACUUACUUCAAACAAAUUGUCCCUUGACCUUCUAAAAUCAACUGUCCAAAUUCCUGGUUUGGCCAAUCUCUUGUGUUAAAACAAAUCCCCAUUUUUUUUCCUCCAUUGAUUUCUCCUUGUUGCAUUCCUCAUUACCCCAAUAUUCUACCACUUGCCUAUCCACUGGGGCAAUCUGUAGUGGCCAAUGAAUCUCGCAGUGCCUUGGGAAUGUGGGAGAAAACCCACAUGGUCAUGGGGAGAAUGUGCAAACUCCAGCCGGACUGUCCCAGAGUUUGGGAUUGGUCACGUUUCCCUGGAGCUGUGAAGAAACUGCCCCAUUGUUCCGCCCAGUCUUUGUAUCCAUUCCCUCUAUGUUGGACCAGACAAUACCCCUUACUAUGAGGUCCCCAGUGUAUUUCGUGCAUAUGAUGACAUCAUUGCAUGUACCGUGUUUUUCUGACUUGCUGGCAGUAAUUGAAUCAAAAGUAUUGACCUUUGUUUAUCCCAUUAGGAAAGAAGCAGAAUGCUGAGCAGACAGCUGUCUCCAUGUCCUCUGCUGGUAUUCGUGACAUUGUCUGACUCGCAUAAGUGACUAUCCCCUAAUCCAUUCCCUGAUUCUGUAGUAAUGAGGUGUCUACUUCUUGCCCCAGUUCAUCCCCUGGGGCUCCUGGUCACACUGAGCAAGUUGAUAAGCUGCCCAUCAUCCCAGUCUCCUGCACAUUUGCCAAACUGCUCUACAACUUCCUAAUUUUGUAAAUUUAAAAUUUAAUUUGUCUUAUUGACAAACAUAAUACCCGAGAGCCCUGUUAUAGUAAACUCUGCUGAUGCUAUAGCUUUUUAAUAAAUAAAACUUCAAUGUGUGGCACAGAUAAACAUGUUUUGAAGCCCAGGUGCGUGUGUAAGUAGAGCAAAAUAUAGAUCAACAUAGAAAUGCUGAGUAAAAAUGGAUGUUUUUUUUGGGGGGGGGAUUCAUUGCUAGACUUUGGGUCUUAAAUUCCAUCUGAUGCCAAAUUAUCUUGGGUUAAAUAAAUCUGGAUUAAGGAAAUCUUUUUCUUAGAUUUCUCUGAUCUGGUUUUCCUACUUUAUCUUGGAUUCAUACUUCCUAUACAUCUGAGGAAGAUGUUCUCUUUUUCAGCACAAACUCAGUAAUAAAUUUGGAGAACUAACUUUUGUGGUACUUGGGGUGGAGGGAAUAAAUUCGAGUUCCCAGGGAAACCCUUACUAAUAACUUUGUUGGGGAUCCAGUGUGUUCAAUUAAUCUUCUGAUGAGUUAUAUUUUAAUAUUAAUGUUUGAAGAAAUUUUAUUGGAGAACUACAGUAUAUAUUUGUAGAUGACGACUAGCUCAGGUUAUUGAGUGAUUGAUGGGGGGGGGGAGAAAGACUUUGAUAUUUCAGCAUUACACCUCAGCUUUGAACCUCUGCUUUGACUUGAGGACGACUUCUGCGGAGCUGAGGCGAUGGAUAUGAAUCAAGCUGCUUUCUGCCUGUAACUGACAGGCAAUGGGUUUGUGUACAAUUACUGAUGCCAAACUGCAUGUUGAACAGUAUUGGGCUUGGGUUGUUUGAUUAUGGGCCGGAGCAGCUCCUUCAGAUGUCAAUCUCUGUGAAAGAACCAGAUUGUACUUGGCAUCUGAGCUUGUUACCAAGGCUUUCUGAUCAUCUGUAUUGAUUUUUUGCUGUGAUAUAGAGUACUAUAAUCUUGCUGCUGAAUACCUCAUAUACUGGAUAAGACACUACUGUAUAGGAUUCUAGGCAAACUGAAAUCCAGUGGCUGGCAAUGAGAGCAACCCACUGAUUAGGACUGUGGUUAUUAAGGUGGGGAGGGGGGGAGAGAGAGAGAGGGAUGUCUCCACCAGUGUGCAAUGAUCAAACUAAAUCUCAGAUCUGGCUUAAUAAAAGUUCUCCUAUUUUUGGGCAUCAGAGACCAAGACUUAAAUGGGCUUGGAGCCACUAUCAAGAACACGGGAGGUUCUGCAGAUGCUGGAAAUCCAGAGCAACACACACACACAAAAUGCUGGAGGAGCUCAGCAGGUCAGGCAGCGUCUAUGGAGAGGAAUACAGUCGAUAUUCCAGGCCAAGACCCUUCAUCAAGGGCAGGUCGCUUCUAGACUUCUGCCCCAGACUCUUGUACUCUCAAGCUUCAGGCCUCCAAACUUCACUUCCCAAUGAAUGUUGACCCUUUAUUCCUCUCCAUAGAUGCCACCUAACCUCCAGAGUUGGUCCGGUAUUUUGUGUGUGUGUUGCUCUAGGUUCAAUAACGAGUACUGAAUGGUAAUGGCAAGCAGAAGCCCUCUCUAUAAAGCUAUUUGAAGACGAGCAAACUUGCUGGCACUGAUGGUGACUUGGGGGGAGGGGGGGAGUUGAGGAAAAUGCUGCAGGAUAUUCAAUAGUUUUUAAUCACCUACUGAAUAUUCAGCUUGUGCAUAUAAAAAAAAUUAUGAAAACAGCAAUAUUUAUUCCACAGCUUCCUGCAUUCUGACCAGCAAAUGAAUGUAAUAACACUUUCUAUCACUUGGGUGUGUUUUAUUACUUAGUCUGAAUUAAAAUACUUUUUAUGACAG